CACAAACAGUCUCACCUUUUAAAAGUGCAUGUUUUUCUAAGUCUGCUUGGUUGCAAACCUUCAUGUGGUUGUGAGAGAUGGUGGGGGUGUUGCGUGAAGGUGGGGAGUCAGCGAGAGAAGAGAAUUAACAUUCGAGGUCAUUUCCUCUUCGGACAAGUGAGACACAGCUGCAAGUUUCAUGUCUGGAUCGAGCAAAGCAACGACGGAAAGAACAAUGAGGAAGACGUUUAUUUGCAACGAGUCAAUGAUCAUCACCAUCCCAAUCGGAAGCCUGAAGAACAUUCAGGAGGGUCAGCUGAUGCCGGAGAACUUCCACUGUGUGUUCAGGGACAACUUCAAGGUGUUUGUUGUUCGAGGAAAGCCAAAACCUCUGGGGGCAGCUCAAGCAAUUGCUGGUGUGUUUAUUUUCGCUCUUGGGUGGAUUCUGCCGUCAAUGGGGAUCUUCAUUUUCACUCUUCCAAGUGUUGUGUUCUUGAUCUCUGGCAUGGUGACCUUUGCUGCAGGGAAAUGUCCAAACAUGCAUGUGGCCAAACUGUCAUUCUCCCUGAACAUCAUCUGCUUCUUCUGGUCACUGGUGGCUUUUGGUUUCUCCGUGACCAUGUUUAAUUCAUAUUAUUUAUUUGACCAGCAUCAUUUGAGGAUAGCUCAUGGAAUUAAUGGCAUCAUCGUAACUCUGCUGGUGUUUGAAUGCAUGAUGGCGCUCUUCUUGAUCUACUGGCUGAGUAAAGCUGUGUGCAGAGAACAUUUCAACACCUUGCCCAUCAUAUUGCUGAAGCAGGAGGACUGAGUGAUGAACACAGAGCAGAACCAGGAAUAAACAACUCCUGUGUACGUUUUUAGUUUGCUGCCUUAAACUUUCUUUUUUUUUUUUUUUUGCUCAAAGGCAAAUAACAGGACAGUCUGUUUGAAAGAACAUGGAGAUAAGGUGUAUUCCAAUACAUCACUGCUAAUAAUCACAGUACGCUAUAGAAAGCGUGCGCCUGUAAAGUUCCUCUUUGUUCGCCAUACAUGGACUCCUCUUGACGGUCGUGUGUUAGAAUAGCUUUUGUUCCGCUGUAUCAUCUGAUGGCGGCACAGCGUCUCUCAAAUGACUUUACACUUCCUUUAAGUUGUUUUCAGUUCGUCCGAAAACAUAGAUUUCUUCUAACAAAGUGUUGACAGAAGCUUCAUUUUACAUGUGGGUUAUUUUGUGUUUUAAAGCUGAAGGUCUUGAUAUCAGCCCUUUGCAAGUUACAGAAUAAACUAUGUAGAAGCAUAUCAGUCCUGUCUAAAGCUUAACAUAUUCUUACUAAUAAAUCCCUUAAUAUUCUAUAUAACUCUCUGAUUUUGACAUGUUUAACAUAUUGUUCAGAGUUUUGGGCGAUUAAUCACAAGACCUCUUUACAAUCACUGAGUGUCCUACAGAAACGAGCCAUUACAAUCAUCCAUAAUGUUGGUAAAUAUGAGGACACAAACUCAUUAUUCUUAAAAUCUAAAAGUCUUAAAUUUGAAGAUGUGGUGGAAGAUCUCAAACUAUGUUUAAGGCAUCAAAUAAGCGGCAACAUGAGCACAUAUAGAGCAUGUGUUUUGAACAACAAGGAGAUGAAACUUAAGGGCUUACUUACGAUUCAUAGUAUAUGCACAACAAGAGAGAGCUUUUGUGUUUCAAUUCAUGGGGUAAAAUUAUGGAACAAGUUAAAUGAGGAGUUAAGGUCAAAAUUUACUACAAUGUAACAGGAAAUAUAAGGAGGUCAUUUUCACAAGAUAUAGAAAUAUGGGUGACAGCAAAAUGUAUACAUGUAAAUUGAGGCGAACGCAUUUGAGUGAGGGUUUGGAUGUAUAGAUGUAUAUAUUUGAACAUGUGUAUGUCCAGAUAAAAUGGAAAAUUAAUUAACCUGUGUUUAUUUUUUUAUUUCUUUUACUUGAUUUUAUAAUGAGGGUCCAUGUGAAAAUAUGGUAUGAGUUCAUGGUGUAAAGAGUUCAAGUUUCAUACUUCUUCCUACAACUUUUUUAGCAUGUUUUAGAUUAUUGUGGUGGAAAAAUAUGUGUUUUGCAUUCCUUGUUCUUAUGUGCAUUUUUAUAUUUCCAUCAUGUUGGAAAUGAAUAAUUUUCACCUA